AUGAAAAGAAUCCAUGCUGAAGCAGUGGCAGAAGGGAAAAGAUUAUUCGGUCCUGAGAUUGUUCUUAAAGUGCUGGAAAAAGCACCCAGCUAUACCAGAAAAGGCAACUCGAGUUCCCAAAGAGAGAAAGACCUGGAGGCACGACUGGAGGAGACAUUUGCUGAAGGGGAGAGGCAGAGGAAAGAAUUUGAGGACCAAAUUCAUGCACAACAGGAGCAGAUAGAAAACCAGCAACAUGAGAUACACAGUCAGAAAGAUAUUAUCAAAGGGUUGCAAGCAUCACAGGAGACCCUAACUAAAUAUGUCGAGGCACUAGCUGCACAAAUUGAUGGAAGACAAGUUUAG